UGCUCGGCUGGCAGUGAAGUUUUAAAAGGGCUCUAUUUUUGACCUGCCACAUAUCCAACCUUAUCUGAAACUGGAACGAAGAUAGAAAAUACAUUUCUCUACCUCGCAUAGCAGCUGGUUAGCCAUCUGAGACAUUGAAAUCAGGUGGAUAAUCUGGGCAACACAAAGCCAGCUAGCUUUCCUUCCAGCUAACUUUAACUUCAGUGAACAGUCUUAACGCACACUCAAGUGAGACUAUCACACGAUGCUGUCCUUUCAAUAUAUCCUAAGUUACCGGAUGAUUCACAGUAGGCUUAAGUAGCUGUCGUGGUGAAACUCUUUUUCUGAGGACACAAUUUACCUUUAGGAACGAUGUCAGUGAAGUUGAAGGAAGAGCGGCAUGACGACCAGAAGCAAAAUGUGGGGGAAACAUCAUCAGGGAGCACUUCUACGGCGCUCAUGGGAGAAAAGCCUUUUUUCCAUCUAAGUCAGGUAGCCUAUGGAGAAUCAGUCCCAUUCUCACUGUCGAAGUAUGUGAAAAUCCCAUAUACAAUAAACCGGUACCUACGGGACUAUCAACGAGAAGGUGCCAAGUUUAUGUUUGACAACUAUGUCAAGCCGAGAGGAUGCAUUCUUGGUGAUGACAUGGGUCUUGGAAAAACCAUACAAGUGAUCAGUUUCUUAGCUGCAGUGCUGCACAAAACAGGAACACGGGCAGAUGCUGAGAAGAAUAUUCCACAUUUCCUACUGUCCCAGAAAACAGCAGAGCAAAACAAAGUGAAGAAGGUUUUUCUCAUCAUUGCCCCACUCUCUCUGCUCUAUAACUGGAAAGAGGAGCUUGACACAUGGGGUUACUUUAGAGUGGCUGUUGUGCACGGUCUUGAGAAAGGGGAUGAAUUGGCCCGUGUAAAGAAAGGACGAUGUGAGAUCGCUCUCACCACCUACGAGACUUUUCGACUCAACCUAGAUGCGUUCAACAGCAUUAACUGGGCUGCUGUCAUCGUGGAUGAGGCUCAUAAAAUAAAGAAUUAUAAGUCUCAGAUAACCAAGGCUAUGAAGAAGAUGAGAUGCAAAGUGCGUAUAGGAUUGACUGGAACCAUACUGCAGAACAACCUGGAAGAACUCUACUGUGUCAUGGACUGGGCUAUCCCGUGGUGCCUUGGUAAUUUCCGUCAGUUCAAGAGUAAGUUUGUUGAAGCUAUUGAGCAUGGGCAGAAGCACAGUGUAACUAAGCGCAAUCUGGCCGUGGGUCGCCAGGCUGUGCAAGCCUUGGGCCAGAGGCUCGCUGGGAAGUUUUUGAGGAGAACCAAGGCUCUGAUCAGCAGCCAGCUACCAGCUAAAGACGACAGGGUGGUGUACUGUUCCCUGACUGAGUUCCAGCAGGCGGUUUACAUCGCUGUCCUGGAAUCAGAGGACGUGAUUCUGCUGAUGAGGAGUGGACAGUCCUGCACCUGCGGCAGCAAACAGCCCAGGAAGAAGUGCUGCUACAAGACAAAUUCAAAAGGAGUACCGGUCAGAAAUCUAUACUUUAGUUAUCUGGCCAUUCUCAGAAAGGUUGCCAACCAUGUUGCCUUACUUCAGUCCAAAGAGGGCACAAGCAAGAAACAGGAGGAAAGCAUCAAUGCUAUUUGUGAAAAAGUCUUCCGGAAGUUUCCAGAGUUUGUGGAGCGGUGCAAAGAGGCUUCCUUUGAAGCUAUGUCAGACCCCAUGUACAGUGGAAAGAUGAGGGUCCUUCAGAAGUUACUGAGACACUUUCUUCAGAAAAAGGACAAAGUGUUGCUGUUCUCUCUUUCAACCAAGUUGUUGGAUGUGUUGGAGAGCUACUGCAUGGCCGAGGGGUUGGAGUACCACAGGCUGGACGGAACCACCAAGGCAAAAGACAGGAUGAAGAUCGUGAAGGAGUUCAACGGUUCGAAGAACGUCAACCUCUGCCUGGUGUCCACCAUGGCUGGUGGUCUUGGUCUCAACUUUGUGGGUGCAAACAUAGUCAUCCUUUUCGAUCCAACGUGGAAUCCUGCCAAUGAUCUUCAGGCUAUUGACAGGGUGUAUCGCAUUGGCCAGUGCAGGGAUGUGACUGUGUUCAGACUCAUCUCACUGGGAACUGUGGAGGAGAUCAUAUACCUGCGCCAGGUGUAUAAACAGCAACUGCAGUCCUCUGUGGUGGGCAAGGAGAACUCCCGGCGGUACUUUGAGGCCGUGCAGGGAACCGAUGGACAGUCAGGGGAGCUGUUUGGGCUGCGGAACCUUUUCCGCCUGCAGUUAGAUGGAACGUGCCUCACACAACGUAUUCUAGAGCGUGAAGGCCGUGUGGAGGCUGGUGUGAUGACUGCCAAAACUCAGGCUGCUGAAGAGAGGCCGUCUGCUGGCCAGACGGAUCGCGGAGCAAAAGGUUCCGCGGAGCAGCAGACAGCCGGACCGUCCAACGGCAACCAGGCCGCGGUGGACGUGCUGGACUUCAGCAGCGACAGCGAGGACGAGGGGGAGGCGGGCACCUCGCGGGCGGGCACCUCCUCAGCCGCGGCCGCCGCAGACGGGGAGCAGGGCUCCGCCGCCCCAGGGCACGGCUGCCUGAAGGAGAGCUUCACCGAGCUGUUUCUGCAGGGCCUGCACGGCCAUGCGGCCACCCGCAAGGUGGGCACCGGGGACAGCGACGAGGGAUCCGGUGGCGCAGGGGCAGAGGGGACGGUGGACUCCCAGGGCUGGUCUCCGCUGAACCUCUCCGAUAUCGAGAUGGAGGAUGCCGGAGAGAAGCAGAGCUCUGAAAGCCCAGACGCCAGCACGUCCAGAUCCACAGCACGCAAGGAACUCGAGGAGAAGGAGGAGAUGGCGAGAGCGAGGGCUCUCGAGAGGGGCGUGGUCUCGGAGACGGACUACAGCACGGAGGAGUCGGAAGACCUGCUCGCUCCACGGCCAGCGUCCACUUUCACCAAACUGAAGAGCAGCACGGGCAGAGCGGGACAGGGUAGAGAAGCAGCACAUGUGGGGACCAUUGAUGCACUCUUAGGUGGGCUGAAUGAGGUGAGCUACACCCACUCCAACCAGAAGGUGGUGGGCGCCAGCCGGGCGGAGAACUACAUCAGCAAGGCCGCGGUCAGAGACGUGUUUGAACGACAACAGAACUCUCAGCUGCCCGCUAACAUGCUGUUGGACGUGUCCCAAGAGGUAAAGAGGCUGACCCACAAAAAUGCCCUAGUGCUUAACUGAGUGAGAAGACACUGUGCCCCAAGAUGCUUAACACACAUUCGAGUGACUUAGUUGAAAAAGGACACAAAUUUGUAUUCAAACAAACAUUUAUUGUGUAUGUGUGAUGUUCCUUACUGGCCAGUGACUUGUUCCACACAGAUCAGACACAUACAUUCUUAAAGCAGCACAGAAUGCUGAUUAUGCUGGCCCCACUUAUGGCCCCACACUCUUGGGUCUGGUCCUUGAAGGACAAUUCGACCCCCAGGAGAUGAUUGGUACCACGGACAGCUCCUCUGGCACGUAGGUGUAGCCACAACCUACAUCAGCAAGGCAGUUGUAACCAGUGAAACAUAAGCCUCAAGGCCCGCACACACCGAGUCCGAUUUUUACACACAAAAUUACGCAGGCUAUUGAACACGUGUAUUCUAAUUAGUCUGUACACACACCGAUAACGGGAUUCUCAGUACGAGAAAAGACUCUGUGUGUACGAGCCUUCAGCCUGCUGGUGUGUCUGUGAUGGAGGGGUGCCUGUAUCCGGGCUGCUCUGCCCAACCCGAAAGGCUCACUUUACUUAUCUGCAAGGAUUGUACUUGGAUGCCCAAGCUUAACCUGCCUCUUCCUAUUUAAGCUGUUUGCAUAUUGAUGAGCGCUAGAGACCUGUCAAAAGAUUUUUGCAGUCACUGAUGUGUGCUCACUUGUUCAUCCAUGUGUCUACUAGACUCAGCCUUGUAAGCUGGUAAAUUUUCCAUCUGAGAAACAUCCCUAAAGUUCAGAACGGGGGAGACGACCUCACAGUUAGACUCCUUUGUGUCCAGGUGAUCUAUUUGCAUUUGAACUGUCCCUAUUGUGUGUGUGGCCGGCCAUUUGGUUAAAGGCCCUCGGACACACCUCUUCUCCCCCUCUCCAUGCCUCUGAUGAAUUAAUGUUGGAAACUGAAAUGUAUCUGUUUCAUGACAAAUGAUAAUACAUCCAUGUUUGGUCUUGAAUUAAUACUUGUAAUGUGGGCAACAGCCUGAUCACGCUUUCAUUGCACUCUAAUGUAUGUAUACAUAAUUGUAGAGUAAGAACUACACGGGAGAACUUCAGGUGGUAGACACACCCACAUCCCACCCACAGGGUUGGGGGGUGACCUGCAUGAUAGUUUAAGGUUGAGAAUUUCUCACCUCGCUCUCUUCUCUUCUCUCACUUUCUCAGCUUUGGGCAAGAGGUGACUCUUCUCUUCCUGCUCUGUUCUGGUCUAGGCAAGAGGUCACACUGACCUCUCUGCCUCCCUCUCUCUCUCUCUCUCUGCCCCUCUCUCUCUCUCUCUCUGCCUUUUCUCUAUCUCUCUCUCUAUCUAUCUAUCUUUUGAUUUCUUUAUGGGGUUUGUUAUUUUCAUUAUUUGAUAUAUUGUUUUAUCUGGUGUAUGUAGCAUUUUAACUUGGUAACUUGUUAAGGUUUAAGUCCAAGUUUAUUGUUUGUUUUGAGGUUAAGUUCAUUUUCUCCUUUGUCCUUUGUUCAAGGAUAAUUACUGAUACUUUACUUUUACCUAAGGCUCAGAGCCUAAUAAAUGGUUAAUUCUCCUCGCUCAGUUUGCAUAUCUCUACAAGUUUAGUGUGCCAUUCCAAUCUCUGCCAUAGUUAAACAAACUAGUUAUUUGGUAAUGUAUUAGAGGUACAAUAUAUCUAUGGAGUCAGAUUUAAUCGUGGUGAAUUUCCUAAUAACAUUAUCAUUUAACUCCACAUGGCUACUGAUCCAUUGUUCUUCACGCAUGUAAAGGGAGAACGUCCGACGUGUUUGUGUAGCGCGUUUGGGACUGUUUUUUCAACCUUUACAAGUGGCGACCUCGACCGUGAUCGUUAUGACGGGAUGUACCUAUAUUUCUGAAAUUUGGUGAGUAGAAAAACUUCUUAAAGACGUGUAGCAGAAAGCACACGCAUAGGCCUACGCAUUAUUUUCGCUAUCAACUCACCUAAAGAUUCAGAAACUUUGCUCUCUCCGUUAUACGGAAAUACGAACAUGGACAGAUGUAGACACGUGAUAAUAUUUCUUUGUUUAAUACAUUAAGACAGAAAAUGGCUAAAAUUGUUGAAACUGAAGACAUUACUUCUUACUCUAAUGGGAUAGAGAUAUGCAACUGGCGAUUUUCCAUUGAAAUACAUGCGUUACAAACAAAAAAACAUGCAAUGAUGGACGGUGUUAUCUUGUUACUUCUCAUUAUUUGCAUUUAUUCAUUAUUGAACACCGCGCAGUCAUUGAAACCUUUCUCUGAUGCGAGAUAUGUGGCUAUCCCCAACAAAGCGAUGUUAGAUGUUGCUUCGUCAGAAUUGUCGUUCACAGCCGACUCAAGCAACGACGUCUCUUCUAACACCACUGGAACAGCGCAAACAGACUGCGAAAAGGAGGCUAUCCAACACAUGGACGCAAACGACCCAAGCAUUGUCUGCAACUCAUGUGGAAAAUCAGAACAUGAGAUGCAGACAUGUUGGUCGACAGGCUUUCGAAAACACCGCCAACGCAGAGUCCAAUCAUCUAACACCUUUGCUUCUCCUAACAACCCACAUGCCUCUGGACCCAUCCAUUGUUCUAGGUGUUAAGGCGCAAAAUUGCCGUGUGUGUGUGUGCUUUCACUGAAGGACAAUGUAAUGAUGCAGACUAACCAUUCAAGACCAUGGUAAGACAGAAUUUAUAUUUUUUAAACUGAACAUGAUAACAUUAACCUAUACUAAUAAUAGCACAGAUAAUUCCAUGCAACAACCUGUAGCAUUGUUCUCCCAAGGUGCUCUGAUGGGAAAUUUGUUAGUCAGAUAUUCAGACAGUGUUUUAAUUUACUUUGAAGAUAAUGGUAUUUGCUAGCUUGUUGUAUGCUCAUGUAUAGUGAGUGUGUAGACUCUGUAAGUGUUGAGGCUUGAAAGCAUUUAACUGUGCAGAUGCUAGUAGCAUGAUUAUUCUUCACACUUUUUGUUUUUCUUUAUACUCACCGGUUAAACCAAAUGAACGGUCACUGAACCAAAGAGUAUCUGCUGAAUGAAUGUUAGGUUGGAUCUCUCGUGACUAACAAAUAAUGCCCAUAUAUAUAAAAAAAAAAAAAAAAAAAAAAAUGGGAAAUGCAAUGUUGUAGAUUGUUGCUUAGUAUGACUACCACCUGAAAUUUGAAUGUCUGUAUAUGUCUCUGCCAAAAGGAGGCCCAUGUGCAGCUGACUGUGUGGCAGACACAUCAUGCUGACAUUCUUAUACCAACUAAAUGUUAAGUCUAUUGUUGAAUGUCCAGAAGUGAUAAAGCACAUACACACACACACAAGCACAUUUUCUAUUAAUGAUUCAAAUUGAAGAAUUUUAACUGCUGGGAUGAACUAAUUUGCUUUCCUUUUAACUUCUAUCAUUUUAUAUACAUUCUUUGAUUAUUUGAUUUGAUUUCCGUGAUACAUUUGUAUUCAGUGUGCAAAUAAUGCCAGUAACAAAGAUGAUUUAUCUUAUGAAACAUUUUUUUCCAAUUUGAGAUACACCAGAAUGUGUUUAAUUCCAUUUAUUUUGAAAUUUGUAUAUUGGUUUGUUUGUUUUGCUCUUUCCCUCUUUCCUGUCUUUUCCCUAUAUACAUGCCCAACUCAUCGAAAAGCAAAAGACUAUUGAUAUUCUAAUGUUACAGCAGACAGACGAUACUCUCACGAUUCUGCUCAACUCCAGAUUGCUUUUAUACAAAGAAGAAUGUUCCACGCUACAGCAAUGCUCACCUGAUCCUGAGAACUUGUUUCAGACCGGAGAAGCUCGGUCAACUAAUGUCAAAACUACUCUGAGAGAUUCCUUCGGACACUAUGGACAAAUAUGUGAAUAUGGAUGACCAGCUUUAAUUUUUUGACACUUAUGAGAUAAUGACUUCACAGUGUCAAUGGGGCGACUGUAAGCUGGUAAAUUUUCCAUCUGAGAAACAUCCCUAAAGUUCAGAACGGGGGAGACGACCUCACAGUUAGACUCCUUUGUGUCCAGGUGAUCUAUUUGCAUUUGAACUGUCCCUAUUGUGUGUGUGGCCGGCCAUUUGGUUAAAGGCCCUCGGACACACCUCUUCUCCCCCUCUCCAUGCCUCUGAUGAAUUAAUGUUGGAAACUGAAAUGUAUCUGUUUCAUGACAAAUGAUAAUACAUCCAUGUUUGGUCUUGAAUUAAUACUUGUAAUGUGGGCAACAGCCUGAUCACGCUUUCAUUGCACUCUAAUGUAUGUAUACAUAAUUGUAGAGUAAGAACUACACGGGAGAACUUCAGGUGGUAGACACACCCACAUCCCACCCACAGGGUUGGGGGGUGACCUGCAUGAUAGUUUAAGGUUGAGAAUUUCUCACCUCGCUCUCUUCUCUUCUCUCACUUUCUCAGCUUUGGGCAAGAGGUGACUCUUCUCUUCCUGCUCUGUUCUGGUCUAGGCAAGAGGUCACACUGACCUCUCUGCCUCCCUCUCUCUCUCUCUCUCUGCCCCUCUCUCUCUCUCUCUCUGCCUUUUCUCUAUCUCUCUCUCUAUCUAUCUAUCUUUUGAUUUCUUUAUGGGGUUUGUUAUUUUCAUUAUUUGAUAUAUUGUUUUAUCUGGUGUAUGUAGCAUUUUAACUUGGUAACUUGUUAAGGUUUAAGUCCAAGUUUAUUGUUUGUUUUGAGGUUAAGUUCAUUUUCUCCUUUGUCCUUUGUUCAAGGAUAAUUACUGAUACUUUACUUUUACCUAAGGCUCAGAGCCUAAUAAAUGGUUAAUUCUCCUCGCUCAGUUUGCAUAUCUCUACAAGUUUAGUGUGCC